GACUCCACAUGCGACCACGAGUCCUCCGGAGUUAGGAUUUACUCCCGAUUUAGGAUAGGAGUUUCGGUAAUGUCCAAUUUCGUAAUUUGAAAUUGCAUAUUCUUGUCACCGCCUUGCAUUAAUCUUUUUUACUAUAAAUACUCAGCGCCUCAAUCUCGCAAAGAUUGCUCGCGCUCUCACCAAUUUUUAGUCUUUUUGUUGGUUUGAUUGCUUUUCUGUUUUUAAUAAACAGUCAAGAAACAAAUCGAAUUUUUGUUCUUUUUUAUUGUUUUCUGUAAUCAUGCUCGUUUAUCAGGAUCUUCUCACAGGUGAUGAGCUUCUCUCUGACUCCUUCCCAUACAAGGAAAUUGAGAAUGGGAUGCUGUGGGAAGUUGAGGGAAAGUGGGUUGUUCGUGGGGGAGUUGAUGUAGACAUUGGUGCUAAUCCUUCUGCUGAAGGUGCAGACGAAGAUGAAGGUGUUGAUGACCAAGCUGUCAAGGUUGUCGACAUUGUUGACACAUUCCGGCUUCAGGAGCAACCAUCUUUUGACAAGAAGCAAUUUGUUACCUUCAUGAAGAGGUACAUCAAGUUGCUGACAUCCAAAUUGGAGCCAGAGAAGCAAGAGUUGUUCAAGAAGCACAUCGAAUCAGCUACCAAGUUUCUGCUUUCGAAGCUCAAUGACCUCCAAUUCUUUGUCGGCGAGAGCAUGCAUGAUGAUGGCAGCUUGGUAUUUGCAUACUAUAAGGAAGGUGCUACUGAUCCAACCUUUCUGUACUUCGCUUAUGGGCUGAAGGAGAUCAAGUGUUGAGGACCCGCAGUUGUGGCAUCCUUGAAACAGAUGUACUCUAUCUAUAUUAUCAGAGUUUUAGCAUAAGUUGUUUAGAUAUUCUAUAAUUACCUUUGGGACUAAAAUAUUGUAGUGUGGUUUUAAGGCAAUAGUUUUUGGUAGUAAUGAGCUUAUUUAGACUUUGAUUCAGCUGAGAAAUAAAGUUUCUUAUUAAUGUUUCGUUUUGGCAAAA